AUGGGGUCUACUGCCCCUGUUAUUCCUCGCCUUGAGGUCUUCCCCCGCCCUGUCAUCCCCAACCGUGGGGUCUACUGCCCCAUGUCAUCCCCAGCCGUGGGGUCUACUACCCCCUGUCAUCCCCAGCCGGGGUCUACUGCCCCCGUCAUCCCCAGCCGUGGGGUCUACUGCCCCCUUGUUGGAGACUACUGCCCGCCCCCCGGUCAUCCCCAGUGUUGGAGACUACUGCCCCCCCUGUCAUCCCCAGUGUUGGAGAUUACUGCCCCCCCUGUCAUCCCCGGUGUUGGAGACCACUCUCCCCCUGUCAUCCCCAGUGUUGGAGACUACUGCCCCUCCACCGCUGUCAUCCCCAGUGUUGGAGACUACUGGCCCUCCACCCUGUCAUUCCCAGUGUUGGAGACUACUCCCCCUGUCAUCCCCCAGUGUUGGAGACUACUGGCCCCCCCCUGCCCUCCUGUCAUCCCCAGUGUUGGAGACUACUGCCCCCCUGUCAUCCCCAGUGUUGGAGACUACUGCCCCCACUGUCAUCCCCGGUGUUGGAGACCACCUCCCUCCCGGUCAUCCCCAGUGUUGGAGACUACUGCCCCCCGGUCAUCCAGUGUUGGAGACCCCCCCUGUCAUCCCCAGUGUUGGAGAUUACUGCCCCCUGUCAUCCCCAGUGUUGGAGACUACUGCCCCCCUGUCAUCCCCAGUGUUGGAGAUUACUGCCCCCUGUCAUCCCCGGUGUUGAGACCCCAGUCAUCCCGUGUUGGAGACUACUGCCCUCCCGGUCAUCCCCAAUCCAUGGGGUCUACUGCCCCUGUUAUUCCUCGCCUUGAGGUCUUCCCCCGCCCUGUCAUCCCCAACCGUGGGGUCUACUGCCCCAUGUCAUCCCCAGCCGUGGGGUCUACUACCCCCUGUCAUCCCCAGCCGGGGUCUACUGCCCCCGUCAUCCCCAGCCUGUUGGAGAUUACUGCCCCCCCUGUCAUCCCCGGUGUUGGAGACCACUCUCCCCCUGUCAUCCCCAGUGUUGGAGACUACUGCCCCUCCACCGCUGUCAUCCCCAGUGUUGGAGACUACUGGCCCUCCACCCUGUCAUUCCCAGUGUUGGAGACUACUCCCCCUGUCAUCCCCCAGUGUUGGAGACUACUGGCCCCCCCCUGCCCUCCUGUCAUCCCCAGUGUUGGAGACUACUGCCCCCCUGUCAUCCCCAGUGUUGGAGACUACUGCCCCCACUGUCAUCCCCGGUGUUGGAGACCACCUCCCUCCCGGUCAUCCCCAGUGUUGGAGACUACUGCCCCCCGGUCAUCCAGUGUUGGAGACCCCCCCUGUCAUCCCCAGUGUUGGAGAUUACUGCCCCCUGUCAUCCCCAGUGUUGGAGACUACUGCCCCCCUGUCAUCCCCAGUGUUGGAGAUUACUGCCCCCUGUCAUCCCCGGUGUUGAGACCCCAGUCAUCCCGUGUUGGAGACUACUGCCCUCCCGGUCAUCCCCAAUCUUUGGGGUCUACUGCCCCCUUGUCAACCCAAGCCGUGGGGUCUACUGCCCCCUGUUGUCCCCCAGUCUUGGAGAUACUGCCCCCCCUGUCAACUCCUGUCUUGGAGACGACUACCCCCUCUAUCAUUUCCGGCCUUGGGGUCUACUACCUGUCUUCCAAACAGCCGGUCUACUGCCCCGACAUCGCCCACCUUGAGGUCUAUUGUCAUCCCCGUUUGGAGACUAAUGCCCCUGAAAUCCCAGCCAUGGGGUCUACUGCCCCUGUUAUUCCGCCUUGA